AUGCUAUCGAACAAACUACUCCGCGCGCGACGAUUACGACGAUUGGACCCUACUCGCGAAACCAAGUCCCUGCAACUGUACUAUCACAUCAUAUGGCUUUCGCGCGAAGGCCUGUUGAUUCUCGAAGAAUUCGUACUCCCGAUGGUGGAAGGCUUCGUGGAAUUGAAGAUCCUAGCCUAUAAGCUCAGAGCGUCAUUUUACCAUAUAUUCGUGCUCUUCCAUAAUCAACCGGUUGCUCACUCCCCCGGCAUCGGCAGCCUUUCCAGCAAUGCGACUAUCUCCAACGAGGCACCGGAAGCCGAGCCCUCACCGAGAGACCAGAACUCGCGAUUAUCCUUCCAAGUAAAGCCGGAGGUUAUUUCAGUACCCAAUCGGCCCUCAGAUGUCGCGGAGCAUACAUCUCGAGGGUACCUGAAGGUCCCACAGCCCCCUCCAGGCCUUGCGCCUGUUCAACCGCCCCGGCCGAUCUCGUCUUUCCUAUUACCUGCCAUCGACUAUACUCCCACCGCCACUGCAUGCUUCAACCAUGCCGCCCUUCUAGCCGAGCGAUUUCUCCCUGGGUCGCACCCUCUCCGCCUCUCCAUAAAGCUCGAGUACGCUGCGUAUCUAUACGACUGCUUACAAGACGUCAGUGCAAGCCGCAAACUAGCAAAGCAGGCCAUUGCGGACGUGUACAAUGCCCAAGAAGGAAUGGACGACGAAAGCUUCGAAGACGCGGCUGAAAUCGUCGGGCUGCUGGGCAAGAUGGUUAAGCGGACCGCCAAAAUGAGCAGCCAUGGCGGAAGCACGACUCGCAGCGUCACCCCGCGGGCUGAGAGCUCGCGCAGUGAGGGCAAUCGAACGCCGACGGCUAGGAAAACGUCGCCACGGACCGCGGCCACGACGCCCAUGCCGCCGUCGCCGAGGACGGUGAAGUCCGGGAGGGGCGGUUACUCGCCUGCUGCCGUGCCUAACCCGACGAUGUUGAAUCCGAUAUGA